AUGGAUUCUAAAGUUGUUUUAAAGGGUCAAAAUCCCCAUGAUAAAUCUAAUAUGUUUUCGAAAAUAUUUUUAUGGUGGAGUUUUGGUGUCUUUCGUAAAGGAUAUAAGCAAGGUUUUACAAUAGAAGAUCUGUUUCGUGUGCGUGAUGGCGAUCACUCAGGGCGACUCGGCGAUCGCUUGGAAGAGGCGUGGCAAAAAGAACUUGAUAACGCUCGUCGCAAUGAUGUAAAACCUUCACUUGUAAAAGCUAUAAUAAGGGCCUUUUGGCUUGAAUAUAUGUUAUGUGGGUUUUUGACUGGAAUAUUAUUUAUUAUUGUAUGGCCGUUAGUUCCUUUCACGCUGGCAUUAUUUAUAGGAUAUUUUUCCGAUGAAAAGACUCCAGAAAAUUAUAGAAAUGCUCAUAUUCAUACCUUUCUUAUGAUUGUCUUUAGUAUUUCAACAUGCCUUAUGUUGAAUCAUGCACAAUUAGCUCAAGGUUGCGUUGGAAUGAGAGCAAGAAUUGCUUGCUGCUCUUUACUGUAUAGAAAGAUAUUGAAACUCAAUCAUUCUGGUCUGGGUAAAACCGAGUCGGGACAGGUAAUAAAUUUAAUGUCAAACGAUGUUAACCGUUUUGACUUAGCAGCUCCACAGUUGCACUAUAUAUGGGUUACGCCGAUCGUGGUACCCCUUGUAUCGUAUCACUUGUGGCAGCACGUUGGCCUGGCGACACUAGCAGCGCUUGCCGUUGUAUUUCUGCAGACUGUUGUUGUUCAAGCAUACUUAAGUAACCUUCAAGGCAAAUUCAGAGGCAAGAUUGCUAAACGAACUGAUGAAAGAGUUAAAGUGAUGAGCGAACUCGUGAACGGAGUUCAAAUCAUAAAGAUGUACGCUUGGGAGAAACCCUUUGAGAAGUUGGUGGAUAAACUAAGAAGAUGGGAAGUGAGAUACAUAAUGAAAACUUCUUUUAUUAAAGGCUUCUCGAUAGCUUUGACCGUGUUUACGGAGCGUUUCAUCCUAUUCGCGGCAAUCGUAACAUUCGUCUUGUUGGGUGGUAAUAUACGAGCCGAAAUAACGUUUUCUCUAGUGCAAUACUUCAAUCUUUUGCAGCUUGUCUGCAACGUACAUUUACCCAUGGGUCUAGCAUUUUUGGCGGAAUCAUUGGUCUCCGUUCGAAGAAUAGAGGAAUUCCUCUUGUUGGAUGAACUAAAAUCACUUAAAGCUAAGGAACUUUCAUCUGAUUCUAAAGGCCCUAUUACUAAUGGCGUGGGUAAAGAAAAACAAUCGGAGAAGGACAAACCAAAUCCAACAGGAUUGACACUGACCAACAUUAGUGCCAGUUGGUCGCAGAACCCUAUCGUAGAGACUUUGAGAAAUAUAACGUUGAAUGUAAAACUCGGAGAAUUUGUAGGUGUCGCUGGAGUUGUUGGAUCAGGAAAGUCAAGCCUAUUGCAACUAAUUCUGGGUGAGUUAGAACCAUCGCACGGGACCGUCUCUUUAGGCGGUGCGCGAAUAUCGUACGCCAGCCAGGAGCCGUGGCUGUUCGUUGCUACCUCAAGCCUAUUGCAACUAAUUCUGAGUGAGUUAGAACCAUCGCACGGGACCGUCUCUUUAGGCGGUGCGCGAAUAUCGUACGCCAGUCAGGAGCCGUGGCUGUUCGUUGCUGCCGUGCGUCAGAAUAUUCUAUUUGGACUACCCUACGAUCGCGUGCGUUACAAAAAGGUAGUUUCGGCAUGUGCAUUACUCCGUGAUUUUGAGUUGCUGCCGGCUGGUGACGCAACAUUGGUGGGUGAACGAGGAAUCAGUUUGAGUGGAGGCCAACGUGCCCGUAUUGGUCUAGCCCGAGCUUGCUACAGACAGGCAGAUCUAUAUCUUUUGGACGACCCGUUAUCAGCCGUAGACACUCACGUGGGCAAACAUCUAAUAUCCGAGUGCAUCACCGGCUUCCUUAGGAACACGACACGCAUCCUAGUAACACAUCAGCUGCAUCAUCUCAAGGCAGCCGACAAUGUCAUAAUUCUACGAAAUGGAGAAAUUGAAACUCAAGGCACUUUUGAAGAAGUAUCCCGGUCACCGUUGUUUGAAGAACUGCUAGAAGAAGAUGAACAGCCUGAGGCUGAAGGGUGCACACAACUUGUGCGUACUAUGUCUAUAAAGUCGCACACCAGUGUUGAGAGUACGGUUGCAGAAUACGGCAAUGAAAAUGAGGAAGAACCCAAAGAAACCGCCGAGCUCAUGGAAAAAGGGCGUGUGUCCGGCUCCGUGUACGUGAAGUACUUCCGUGCGGGCGGCGGCUGGGCGCUGCUGACUCUCACGCUCGUUUCCAUUUUACUAGCACAGUGUGUAACCUCCAUCAGCGACCUCUGGCUCACGCAUUGGAUGAACGACGUCGAAGCGAAACACUUACGAUUCGAAGACGAGAAAUUCAACGCAAAUUAUAUGAGCACCAACAACGAUACAAACGUAUUCAACGAGACAACGGAACCACUAAUGCUGGAUGAUGCAACCGCUGACCCAACUUCACCAACGACAAUGAAUCCAAACCUUACCGUCAUAGGCACAAUGGUUAAAGCAGCACUAACUAUACAGAAUAUUACUGUAGGGGAGGAACCAUUAGAACAUUCUUAUUAUAUAUACAUUUGGGCGAUUGCUAUAUUUGGGUGCAUAUUGUUUACAACUGAAAGAUCUCUGCUGUUUCUUUGGAUAUGCAUGCGCAGUUCUAUUAAGUUGCACAAUUCAAUGUUUAGUAACAUUCUUGCGGCCACAAUGCGCUUCUUUGACACUAAUCCAUCAGGACGCAUUCUAAACCGAUUUUCCAAAGACAUGGGCAUUGUUGAUGAGAUACUACCGAGAAUGUUCUUGGACAGUAUGCAGGUGAUUAUGGUUAUGCUGGGAAUUUUAGUAAUGGUGGCCAUAGUGAACCCGUACAUGUUGCUUACGACCGCUGUGUGCGGCGUGUUCAUGUACAUGUGGACUAUGGUCUACCUCAGCACAGCACAAGCCAUUAAGAGAGUGGAAGGGGUGUCUCGGAGUCCCGUAUUCUCACACGUAUCGGCCAGUAUGGCGGGCCUGACCACAAUCCGCGCGAGCAAUGCUCAAGAGAUGCUUCGCAUUCAAUUCGACGACAAACAAGACGUGCAUACGGCGGCAUGGUACUUGGCACUUACAUCAAACACCGCUUUCGCGAUAUGGUUAAGUCUUAUAUCGGCAGUCUAUGUCACCGUUGUGGCCUAUACGUUCCUUUUAUUGGAUGACGGUACAACGAAAUCCGGUAACGUAGGAUUGGCACUGUCUCAAGGCUUGAUCCUUGUGAACAUGGUGCAAUACGGCGUCAAGCAGGCGACGGAGGUGGUAUCUCUGAUGACAAGUGUGGAGCGCGUGAUGCAGUUCACGUCGCUGCCGCAGGAGCAGACGGCCGGCCCGGCGCCGCCGCCCGGCUGGCCGCAGCGCGCCCGGCUCGUAUUCAAGGACCUUUACCUGCGUUACGACAUGGAAGCCGAACCGGUAUUGAAGAAUCUAAACAUUGUCAUCGAGAGCGGUUGGAAGGUCGGUGUCGUGGGACGUACGGGUGCGGGUAAAUCAUCGCUCAUAUCAGCUUUGUUUCGCCUGGCACCCAUUGACGGCCACAUGUACAUCGACGAUGUUGACACCGGCGAAAUUUCUCUCAAGGAGCUUAGAUCCAAGAUCGCCAUCAUUCCUCAGGAGCCGGUGUUGUUCUCCGCCAGCUUGCGCUACAACAUGGAUCCAUUUGACAAGUACACUGAUGCCGACAUAUGGCAGGCGUUAGAACAGGUAGAGAUGAAGCAGAGCGUGACGUCACUGUCGGCGGCGGUGGCGGCGGGCGGCGCCAACUUCAGCGCGGGCCAGCGCCAGCUGCUGUGCCUGGCGCGCGCCGCGCUCGCGCGCAACCGCCUGCUCGUGCUCGACGAGGCCACCGCCAACGUCGACCCCAAUACUGAUGCCUUAAUCCAGAAGUCAAUACGCAAACACUUCGCCGAAUGCACAGUGAUAACGGUGGCUCAUCGACUGCACACUGUCGCCGACUCCGAUCGAGUCGUCGUCAUGGAAGCCGGUCAGAUUGUGGCGUCAGGUCAUCCACACGAGUUGCUACAGAAAAGUGACGGCUACUUCACCCGCAUGGUGAAGCAACUGGGCCCCGCCUCGGAGCAGAGUCUGAGGGAGCUAGCUAGCAACGCCUACGCACAACAUAUCAAAUAUGUAGACGCCGACGAACAAGGCCAAUCUUAA